AUGAGCAGAAGUCGGGGUCUGUACAUGCGGUGGUCACGGGCUGUUGGAUCUUCGCCGGCGGCCAUUAACUUUGGUGUGACUUUGGUUGGUACGUUUGUUUUUGGUAUAUUGUCGGAGGAACACCCCAGGUAUGGUUCUGUGUCUUCUCUGUCAUGGUUGGAACAUAAAACUUGGUUGUAUCUGAAAGACUAUCAGACAUUUGUUAACACUGCUCGCUGUUGGACUGAAAGUUUUGCCAAGGAAUCGAGUCGCGGGAUUGAAGACAAGGUAUAA